AUGGGGAGGAUGGCGAAGGUCUGCCUGCAGUCGAUCCUGAAGCUGGUGAACUCUGUGAUCGGCAUGAUUGGGAUUGGCAUGAUCCUUUAUUCGAUGUGGAUGCUGAGGGCGUGGUAUAAGCAGAUACAUGGAUUUUGGAGUGAAGGACCGGAUUCCUAUCCCCCGUGGUAUGUUUCGCCUCUCUCCUCCUCGCCUUGGUUGCACAAUAGAAGAAACUUACCACAUAUUUGCGCCUGUUUGGCGGUUAUGAAUCGGGACAACAUGUUCGUUUAUUAUCGGCGGUGAUAGAAACCUUGUUUUCCCCUUAUUUUUCUAAUGUAUUAUAAAUUCCAAUCACGUUUGGAUGCCAGGAGCCUUGAUUAUUAGUUUUGCAUUAUUGAAGGCAUUUUUAACAUGGUUAGUGAUGGAGAAAAUAAGGUUACUUCGAAUUUUUGGAUCGACGUCUUUUAUUAAGUAAAACUUUAAUUGGAUGGAUCUAUCUGUUUAUUUAACGUGGAGUUACUUUUGUCUCGAACUCCAGCUGAAUAUCAUUAAGGUAAAAUGGUGGAUGCUAUUUACCGAAAGACUCGAUUCAGUACGCGAGUAUUUCGCAGUCUGUUCGCGGUUGUAUUUCUUUCCUCAUUCCCGGUGACACUGAUGUUGUGGUAUGUGCCGUGUGUGCUAUAAAUCGUGCUUGGUUUGGUUACAGAGGAAGUAGCUCGUGCACUUUUAUUUUUUCUCGUGACAAACUUUAUGCUCAUAUCGCGGAAAUUAUAUUGUAUAUGAAUCAAAAAGCCAAUUGCUUCCUAGGCUACUUUGCAACACGAUCGAGGAUAUCUCAUACUUGGAUAGUAUAACGAAUGACAAUUCGAGGGUGGUACUUUUUUUGCAUAAGAGAGUGGAUAACAGCCAGGUUAUUGAGAUGCUCGUGUGGUAUUAGUUUCCAACAACGAUUGAUAGUGUUUAUUUGGUACAGUUGGGAUAUAUAUAUAGAUUUCUCGUGACAUAAUCACAUGGGUUUCCCCUUUCCAAUACAAUCCCUUUGACGAGUCGUGGGAUUUCAGUCUCCUGUUCUCUAUGAUCCCUUACUUUGCCUAGCUCGAGUAGAUGGUGGUGAUUACAGGGAAGUUCUCUUUUGGUGGUGGACUGACGGGUUUAGAAGUUCUGGUUUCCCAUCCUCAUAUCUAUGACUAAAUUUAACAAUGUAGAUGUGCUGCCCUUGUUUGAACAAUGUUUAGAGGCUAGUGACUUUGAUUGUGGUAAGGAACGGGAUAGGACGUUAAAUAAAUGAUGCUUAAAUUUUCAUGGCCAGUGAUGGUGACCAGAGCAUCACUGAAAAGCUGAAUCUACAGUUACCAUUAUGCCUUCAGGAUUCCAUGUUUCUUAAGAACUAAGAGGAAAGUGCUAAGCAUUUGCUUGCUGUUUUCGUACCAGAACAAUAUUCAUGAACUUAGCAUAAUCCAUUUUAUAUUCAUUUCAUACUACAUGAACAACUUGGUAAUAUGAUUCAAUCCGAAUCUUAUCUGCACCGGGACAUGAAUUACCCUUCAAUCAGUUCCUUCUUUCAUCAAUUAAAGAACGUGAACAUAAGGGCAUGUUUGAGAUCAAAGAGGGAAAUUUGUUCUAGAAUGUUCGUCCUAUUAAAUGAUUGUGCUUUCUCGUAGGUCAGAAAUAUUUCAUAUUUUACGGUAGAAAAUUUAUAAACUGCUACCUCAGAACUUUAAUUUGAAAAAAAAUGUCGGCUUGUCGUUUGUUUUCUUAAAAAAAAUGAAGUCAGCGCUAAAAGUCAAAACUAUUGACCUCUAACACGCGCAAAGUCUGUCAUGUCAUAUCGAUCAUAAUUGCCAUUUCGGCGAGGUUUAGCAUUUAUUCCAAAUUUUCUUCCCUCGUUUGUGCCUUUUUUUUCUUUUGAUGAAUUUGGUACUUGCAUUUUAUCGGUAGCUAUUCUUUCAAUCUUUUUGCGAGGUAGGAGACGGUCUAUCUAAGAACGAAAGUACUCUCAUGUGGUUUUGAUUCAUUUCAUUCAAUUUAUAACUAAAAGUUCUUCUUCAAAUGCAGGUUUAUUUACACUUUUCUUGCGCUUGGAGUCUCAUUGUGCGUCAUAGCAUGUUCUGGUCAUAUUGCUGCAGAAACUGCAAAUGGCCCUUGCAUCUCAUGUGUAUCCUUCCAUUGAUUACGUUUGAAGUUUUUUUUUUUUUUUGGUGAAUCUGUUCUCGCCAUUUAUACAAAAUCACGAUUCUAUCAUUUUGGAAAAUUGGAAAACCCAAGAUUUCCUAAGAGACAAGAAGUAAGAAUGCUGUCAACUUGAUUGAGGCAACUAUUUCCAGAUGAGAUAUCCCUUUUGGUACCUUAGUCCUCAUGUGCCUGUUCGUCGGAUGUAGAUAAUUUUCUCGCCGUUUAAUUUUUUGCCGAGACGAAUCUCUGCUCUUUUAUCUUUUGUUAGCUUGCCGUGUUUUGUAUUCUGGACCUUUUCCUUUUCCCACCUCUACUUGUUUUCGCUUUGUCAACCAUAUAAUUUCAUUUCUGUGUCUAGUUUUAUAUGUUUCUCUCUUCUGACCGAAUUGCAAACUGUGCUAAUUCUGAAAGAACCGGAGUUUCUACAGUCGUGGGGUUCUUUCAGAAUUCAGAAGUUGUGGCCGAAACAAUGACAUGGUAUUGGUUAAUCUGGUCAGUUUUAGCGUAUUUGCUUUCAUGUGUUUACAUCUUGUUAGAAUCAUAUCUGCUCAUACUGCUCAUAUCUGCUCAUACUCUUCCUCGCUAGCGUCAUUGAGUCACACGCGCCUGCCCUCACGGUUUCUUGCUAUUUUUCUCCGCAAAAUCUGGAUGGGAAAUAUGCCUCCCAUUAAUGCUCUCCUUAAUCUCACGUAAAUAAUAGUACACGGUUUUUGUCUUCUUGCUUGUCAUGGUGGAGGCCGCAGUCACUGCGGACGUGUUCCUGAACAAGAACUGGGAAGAGGUGCUUGCCAUGCUCCACAGUGUGUUGUGUUCUCCUCCCCACCAAUCUGCUCCUCUCUCAUCCUCCCUUUAAACCCUUCUCAGGACUUCCCGGCAGAUCCCACCGGCAGAUUUGACGAGUUCAAGGAUUUCGUGAAGUCAAACCUCAAGAUGUGCAAGUGGAUAGGAAUAAUGAUCGUGGGUGCACAGGUACGCGCUGGCUGACCCUCGUGUAUCCUCUGUUGCAGAGAUUUCCCAAUUUAGGGUUCUUUCUUUUCUUCUCUUUUCUCCUUCUGAAAGUCUAGCCCCGGUGGAAUCGCUGCCACAUGUAACAGGCUCUGGCGAUCUUCCUGGCUAUGGUUCUGAGGGCCCUGGGUCCUGAUCGGGAGAGGGACUACGACAGCGACGACGACUACAUCCCUACCAGGCUUCCUCUCCUGAGGAACCAUCAGAACCCAGCGUACGUCGCGGUAGACCCACGUGCAAAUAAGGAGCCUUGGUGUGUAAGAAUCCAGGACAAGGUGAUUGAUUUAUACUCUCUCUCUACCAUCACUUAUUCUCUCUCCUCUCUCUCUCUCUCUCUCUAUCUCAUUGUUUCCUUUUUUGUUUUGGUGUCUGAUCAGAUGAACAUGUGAAGUGAAGCGGGUGUCUCCGUUUUUUAAGCAGGCAGGACGAUGGAGCAAAGGGUGAUGGUUUCCCUGUAAAAAUACUCUGCUGUAGAGAGAGGUCGCGGCCUCCGAGUAAGUGGCUCCUCUCUCACCUUCGGCAAUUGUUGUCUCUCGAAAACUGUGUAAAUUUGUCUGUGGCGUGCCCAAUGUACAUCGGCGAUGGACCGAGAGCAGCGAAAGAGAUUCAUCGGUUUAAAGAGCUUCCUCAAGCUGCUUUUUUUCAAUGAUUCCUUAUAUUACUAUUUAUUAUUAGCCCUGUUCUCUCUUGUGACACAGUGGGAUCUUAAAGAGUCAGGUGAAAUGAAGGGCCGUGACUCUCUCUCAUCUUAAAGAGAGAGAGAGAGAGAGAGAGAGAGAACCGGGAGUUUCAUAGCUGCCGCUUCCUCCCCUUCCUCCGGCAAUUUUCCCGACCCAACAGACUCCGGCGAGAUGAUUACACAGAAUAAACGCUAA